UUGAACUAUCAGUAAUGAACACCACUAAUUUUGGUUAAUUCACUCUCUAUUUCUUCAGUUUGCGAUCUAUAUGCAAACGAUGAUCUCCUCACGUUAAGUGCAUCAACCGUCGCUUCUUGCAUAAACACAGAUUAUACAUGAACACACUCAAAGAAAGCCCCUUUUAUUAGUUUUGGUUAAUUGGAUGAAAUAUAGAAUUCUCAGCAAGACGAGAGGGAGAAAACUUAGAGAAAAGGAGGUGAAUAACAGCAUACUUAUUAAGUUAAUUACUACUAAUACAGUACAAGCUCCUUGGAGUAGCUUUAAAGACUAGUGCAAUUCAUCUUCAUCUUCUUCUUCUCCACUGCUACAUUCAUAAACUAAUCUCCUAUUUCUUCACCAUUUCAUUUCAGAUAAUGGGGCACACUUGCCAUCAUCUUCUUCUCCACGUGAUUUUCAUCAUCAUUGUUAUCUUCCUCAUCUCUUUCCACACUUUCAUCUCAAUCGAUUACACCAAUCAUGGCCACAACAAAGCUUUUCUUAAUCAACACUCUAAAAGGCUCUUUCUCUUCCAGAAAUUCAGACGCUUUCUUCCACUCAAUCCCAUUAAUGCACAUUUCCCUGCAUCGCCAGCGCCGGCUCCAGGGCCCGCCAUUACCCACCGAGGCUCUCCGGCUCCUUCUCCGGUGGCACAGCGGCGGCACCCGCACCCUCGGGCUCACAAGGCGCAGAAGGAGGAGCGAGGGAGAGGCAAGAGAGUUAUGACUGCGGUGCUUGCAUCAGUCGGGGUUUCCUCGGCAUUGUGCGCGGUGGCGAUGUUUUUUGGCUGCCGGAAAUUCAAGAAACGGCGGGGGAAACAGAAGAAGAGAGGUUUGCCCAAGUUUAUGAACUCAAUGAAAAAGGUAACCUCAGAUCCCGGACCUGAUCUUUUCUACCUCAAAUCGUUGGAAUCUGCUUUCCAACCAGAUAAAUACUGUCUCAAACUUAACUCCCCCACCGCAAACAUGUGCUCCGGCGAGAAUACAUUUGAUGAGUAUUAGAAAUGGGCCACUCACCCCUUAAAAGGCCUCAUAAGGGGGAGGGUUAUCCACACUUAUAUAGACAAGCUAGGAUCAUCACCAAGCCGAUUUGGGACAAGAUAUUAGAAAUUUAACACGCCCCCUCACGUGUGGGCCGGAAUGACACAUCGGACUUCCAUCACGUGGGUAGACAAGAGAAGAGAUAAA